AUGAAAAAACGAAAGACCAUCAAUGCCCGAUCGAUCAAACAAGUCCUAGAGAAACUACAACAGAGGUAUAAGGUGUUUUCAUUUGAUGAUUUUGAUCGGAAAUUGGAAUCGGAUAGUGUUGAGAGGGAUUUAUUGUCGAUGGAGAGACUUGAUGCUCAGUUUCAUAAAUACGACAUUGUCAGUGCAAUACUAUCUCAAAUAGAGAAUGUUUUUACAAAGGAUGUCAUACAAAAAAUUAAUCAACAAGGAGAAGAUUCUCUACUCUUUGACAUCAUGACAGGCAGCGUAAAUUUUGGAGAACAAUUAACAAGCUCACCCAAAUUCGAGCAUUUAUUGCUACAAGUAUUAGCUGAAGUUGACAGAGCCAUUAUUGAAUUUAAGGAAAAUGGAUGGACAAAAGAACCAAAAUCUAGUCACACUUCCACUCGAGAUACUACCUCUCCUUCUGCCGAGUCUGAGUUUUACUGGGAAAAUUUUGUCAACCAAAAAUCACACAUGUUUGAAAGCAGCGAUCGACGAAAGGAGCUUGCUCUAACCAUUGGAAACAAACUCUUGGAAAUUAACACACGAGUGGAGGCAGCCAAAGAACUUCACAAAAUGUUUGCAGCUGAUAUUGUGUCGAAUGAACAUUGGAAUCUUGUGCUAGAAAAUGUCACCCUAGGAUUAUCGGAUGAGAAUGACGAAGUACGAAAUUUAUGCGUAGCCAUGUACAAAAAUUUCUUCAAAGUCUCACCACCAGAAGCUACUGCAGAAAUUCAUAUUAAUUUACUGAAUCAUCUCAUAGAAAGAACAAGCCAAUAUCAGGAAUUAUCUACACUUCAAUUGGAAGCUAUAGAAAGUAAUCAUGGACUUUUGGAUUCUUUUAAAGUGUUAAUCCAAUUUAACUAUGAAGUUCCAAAGAAUUGGCUUUGCUUCUUUGGCGACACCUCCAAAACAUUGCUAGAGAAAACAUUUGUACUUCUCUCCAAUCGUGCAGCUUACUAUUUUUUAAGCUAUCUUGACACAGAGAAUGAAUGGUUUGGCAGCUGGAUGAAGGAGUUCAAAAUUCGGAAAAAGGUUAUCAAAUUAAUACCAAAAUUAGAAUUUUUGAGCCGAGUUUACGAAGGUCUUUCAUCAACCUCCAAGGAUCAGAAAACAAUGACCUAUUUUGUGUUAACUCAUAGCUCGGCCAUAUGCUCUCGCCUUCUUCAGAACAAGGAUUGCAAAUCCAUUAUUGACUACAAGUUUAUGAUCCAAAAAUUAUGUGAAUCCUUUUUGACAGCAAUUAGGGAACAAGAGGAGGCUGUUAUUGACUCAAUGCAUUAUCGGAGACUCUUGUCAAUAACCAAGCAGGCCUUAAUUAAUAUGAAUUCUGUUUAUUUCGACGUGGAUUAUAUUGCAUUUUUGAUGUCAUCCUUUGUGUCCUCGUUUGAGAUUAACAUGUUCACAGAGCAGUUUAUUACUGCUAUAUGUGAAAUUUGCAAUAGUGCACUCGUUAACCAUGCUCAGCAAGUGAGCUCUAAUGAAUGUAUUAUGGAUAGGUUGUUUACUUUUCUCACUGAGAUUUUUUCGUCAGAAUCUUUGCCACACACUAUCAAGCUUCAUGGAUUAGAUAUAUUUAAGUCUAUCACUAAGAACGAGAAUUUAUAUGACAAGAUCGAGUCUACCCACAUGUUGGAUUUAGUCAUUGAACAAAAGAAAAAUUUAUAUGACAAGGUCAUGCACAUAUUAUUGCACAUGACACACAAGACGAGAGGAUUAGUCCUUCUUUCAAAAUAUGAAAUUUUAGACGAAUGUUUGGAUCAUCUCUUCUCAAGCUCUCAGCUAUGCCUUCCUUAUCACUGCUACACGCUCUCUCAAGUUGGAUGCGUUCGAACAUCAUAUACAGAUAUUGCCAUCAAUUACCUAACAGACCUCAUUGAAAAAGAAAAAUUAAUUUAUGAUCAGUUUGACUGGACACCUGAAACUGAGAGAAAAGAUUUAGAUCAAUUCAGAUAUGACAUUACUCAAAUAUUACUGCUUUCUCCUUUCUCCUAUGAGAUCUCAAGUAUUGUUGAUGAGAUUUGGUCAUUUGUAAAACAAGACUAUGAAUGUGACUGUGUGUUUGGAUUACAAUUAUUUUCUAGCCUUAUUAACAACUUAAAUGCAGCAGCAUCUCUUUACAGCAGCAAUUUAUGGAAGGAACUGUUGAAAAUUUCCUUCUCAGAGGACACCUCCAUCAUUGAUGAACCUUCAUACAUACGGAACUCGAUUGUUCAAUUUUGUACCACGGUUGGAGGUAAAUCAGAACGAAGAGAACAACAGCUAUUCCCCUUCUCUACAUGUAAAGCAUCGGUAACAUUUGAUGGGACAGACUUUGAAGGCGAUCCAACUUUAACAGAAGUGUUGCAAAGCCAUUCAAUUCUCGAGUACAGAUCUUUCAUUACAAAUACAUGCUUAGUUUCGGUUACAGUUCCGUCCAAAGACCUACAUGAAUGCCUCAAUCAAAAUAUUGGAUCAUUUGGAUUGAAAUAUCUAGCUUCCUAUUUUAAAUCUGUAUAUGGAGAGGAAAGACAUUUUGAUGCAUCUCAAAGCUGGUCAAAAAUUCUGGCCACUCUUCUUUUCGGAAACGACGUAGAAAAAGUCAAAAUAUUCCUUGCCAAUAAUCCAUUUCUUGACUUGAUUAGCAAUCAUCAAAAUUUUAUUCUAGAAAUUACUUCACAUAUUGAAACCAUAUUAUGUGAAGAAUUUCCUAUUCAGUACAACUCAUUUGUCAUGUGUGGAUUAAGCAUUUCCAAUAUUAUCACUCGAUGGUUGAGACAAUUAUUUUUCAACUUUUUAGAUUUGAGAUGUAUUUUUCAAAUACUGGCUCUUUUGAAAGAAUUUGGGUUGAACGCAUUGGUCAUUGUUUGUGUUCUGUUAUUGAAACAUCAGGCAUCGUUUGAUAAUUGUCAAGAAUACAAAUUGAAAGCGUGGACCAUGCAUAUUUUCGAACCGCUUCAAGUCGAUGGUGAGUGGUUUAAUGCUCUCAUGGAUCCUUCUUCAGAAUUCUUCAGGUUAAAAAACAAGCACAAGGGCUCUUUGGUUUCAUUUGAAAAUUCGAACAAUUAUUAA